CCUAUUUAAUUUGUCAGCCACACCGUCACCCUCACUUCUGGUCCAUAUUGCCUGCUUGGCAUGUUUCUGCUCCUUCUCCUUCCAUUGUGUGGCUACUGGGGACAAAGCCCCAAGGAGAGAGCAGUGCCAGAAGGUGGGAGAUGUCACACCUGUUAGGAUGGCAAUUAGCAAAAAGACAAGAAAUAACAAGAGUUGAUGAGGAUGUGGAGAAAAGGAAACCCUUGUGCACUGUUGGUGGGAAUGUAAAUUGGUACAGCCAUUAUGGAAAACAGUAUGGAGGUUCCUCAAAAUGUUAAAAAUAGAACUAUCAUAUGAUCCAGCAGUCCCACUUCUGUCUGUAUAUUCAAAGGAGAUGAAAUUAGUAUCUUGAAGAGCUGUCUAUACUCCCAUGUCUCUAUUGCCAUUAUUCACAACAACCAAGAUAUGGAAAAAACCUAAAUGUCCUUUGACAGAUGAAUAGAUGAAUGAAUAAAGAAAAUGUGGUAUAUACGUACAAUGAAAUAUUAUUCAGCCAUAAAAAAGAAGGAAAUCCUGUUCUUUGUGACACCAUGGAUGAACUUGAAGGACGUUAAGCUAAGUGAAAUAAGCCAGACAGAGAGAGACAAAUACUAUAUGAUCUCGCUUGUAUGUUGGAUCUAAAAAAGUUAAACUCAUAGAAACAGAGAGUAGAGUGGUUAGCACUAGGGGCUGAGAAGUGGGGAAAAUGGGGAGAUGCUGGUCAAAGAGUAUAAAUUUUCAGUUGUAAAAUGAUUACAUUUUGGGGAUCUAAUGUACAGCAUGGUGACUAUAGUUAAUAAUACUGUAUUAGAUGCUUAAAAUUUGCUGAGAGAGUAAAUGUCUGUCACCACACAGACACAAAAAAUGGUAAUUGUGAGGUGAUGAAUGUGUUAACUUGAUUAUCAUAAUUUUUUCAUAGUGUGUAGGUACUUCAAAUGAUCAUGUUAUACACCUUAAAUAUACACAAUUUUCAUCGAUCAAUUGUGCUUUAAUAAAGCUGGAAAAGAAGGUAGGAGGUGUCCUGGGCUUGCCUCCUCUGAGUGGUGCUCAACCUGGACUUCACAUUAGAUUGCUGAGGCAUUUUGCAAAUACAUCUCCUGUGUCCCCUGACCAGAGAUUCUCCUGCCAAUAGUUGGGGUGAGGCCCAGCCUCACUAAUAUUUAAAGUGCCCCAGGUGAUUCCAGUCUGCGUCCAGCAUUGAGCACCAAUGCUCUGAGUCCUCCCAUUCAUGAGGGGUGAGAUCUGGGCUGAGGGUCAGGGGGCUCUGCUCUGCAUGGGAUUUGAUCAGGGCCAGGUCUGUGACCUGAAGGGAAGUGUCUGGUCCAGCCAAGGUCCCCACUGCUGCAGCAUAUGUGUGGGAUUCACCAGGUGGGGGGUGAGUUCUGAAGAAAGUGGUGGAAAGACUUACUUGUUGGUCUCUGUGUAGGAGUUUACUGUCCCUGAAUGCCUCCUAUCGCAGUAGCAGCAGAGGACCUUUUUUCCCAUGUGUUGAGGUCUUCCCUGUGUGUGUGGUUAUGACACAGGAAGGGGGUGUGUUGAUUCUAACCAUUAAACAACAUAUUUUCAACUUUCAAGAGCUCUAAGACUAAUGUUGCUUGAGGAAGAAGCCCAGAAGAGGAAAGAAGGAGGAGUCAGAAAUGGAUCUUUCUCAGGGACGGUUGACGUUCAAGGAUGUGGCCAUUGAAUUCUCUCAGGAGGAGUGGGAAUACCUGGACCCUGCUCAGAGGGCCUUGUACAGGGACGUGAUGUUGGAGAACUACAGCAACCUGCUCUGCCUGGAUGUCUCUCCUACACGUGUGAUCAAGAAAUUACAACCAAAAGAGAACAGUAGUACAGGAGAAGUAUUCCAAACAUUGAUGUUGGGAAGACAUGAAAGCCAAGAAAUCAAAGAUUUUUACUUCAGGGAAAUCCAGAAAAAUAUGCAUGAAUUUGAGUGUCAGUGGAGAAAUGAUGAAAGAAGUUACCAAAGAGUGCCUGUAACCUGUAAAAAAAAUCUCACUAACAGAAGAGAUCAACAUGGUAGAAAGGAUGCAGGAAACAAGCUUUUUGAGAAUAGGCUUGGACUAAGCCUUCAGGAUGAACUGCAGGUGUUUCAAAUGGAAGGGGAAACUUAUGAAUGUAAUCAGGUUGAGAUGUCUAGCGACAAUAGUUUUUCAGCUUCACCACUUCAAAUAAUUCCUCCUAGUGUCCAAACCAAUGUUUCUAAUAAAUGUGGGAAUGAUUUUAUGCAUCCUUCAAUACUGACACAAGACCAGAAAGCACACAGAGAAAAACUUUACCAAUGUAAUGAGUGUGGCAAAACCUUUAAUCGGGGCUCACACCUUACUAGACAUCAGAUAAUCCAUACGGGAGAGAAACCAUAUAAAUGUGAUAUAUGUGGCAAGGUCUUUAGUCAAAAGUCAAACCUUGCAAGUCAUCAGAGAAUUCAUACUGGGGAGAAACCUUACAAAUGUAAUGAGUGUGGCAAGGUCUUUAGCCAAAAUUCACACCUUGCAAAUCAUCGGAGAAUACAUACUGGGGAGAAGCCUUACAAAUGUAAUGAGUGUGGCAAAGCCUUUAGUGUGCGUUCAAGCCUAACGAACCAUCAAGUAAUCCAUACUGGAGUGAAACCUUACCAAUGUAAUGAAUGCAACAAGGGUUUUUCCCAAAGUUCCAAACUUGUAAAACAUCAUAGAAUUCAUAGUGGAGAGAAACCACACAAUUGUAAUGAAUGUGGUAAAGCUUUUAUCCAAAGUUCAAGCCUGGUUGCCCAUCAGAAAAUUCAUACUGGAGAGAAACCAUACAAAUGUAAUGAAUGUGGCAAAGCUUUUAGUUUGCAUUCAAGCCUAACUAACCAUCAGGUAAUCCACACUGGAGAGAAAUCUUACCAAUGCAAUGAAUGUGGUAAGGCUUUUAUCAAGCGUUCACACCUUAGGCAUCAUGAGAGAAUUCAUACUGGAGAGAAGCCAUAUAAAUGUACUGAAUGUGGCAAGGCCUUUAGGCAAUGGUCUGACAUUAGGAUUCACCAAAGAAUUCAUGCUGGAGAAAAACCUUUCAAAUGUACUGAGUGUGGCAAAGCCUUUACCCAGGGCUCCCACCUCACUAAACAUCAGAUAAUCCAUACUGGAGAGAAACCAUAUAAAUGUGAUAUAUGUGGCAAGGUCUUCAGUCAAAAUUCACACCUUGCAAGUCAUCGGAGAAUUCAUACUGGGGAGAAACCAUACAAAUGUAAUGAAUGUGGGAAAACCUUUAGUGUACGGUCAAGCCUAACUUACCAUCAGGUAAUCCACACUGGAGAGAAACGUUAUAAAUGCAAUGAAUGUAGCAAGACUUUUAUCAAGCAUUCACAUCUUAGGCAUCAUGAGAGGAUUCAUACUGGAGAGAAGCCAUAUAAAUGUACUGAAUGUGGCAAGACCUUUAGGCAAUGGUCUGACAUCAUUAUUCACCAAAGAAUUCAUGUUGGAGAGAAACCUUUUAAAUGUUAUGAGUGUGGCAAAGCUUUUACUCAGAGCUCACACCUCACUACACAUCAGAUAAUUCAUACUGGUGAGAAACUACAUAAAUGUGACAUAUGUGGCAAGGUCUUCCGUCAAAAUUCACACCUUGCAAGUCAUCAUAGAAUUCAUACUGGAGAGAAACCUUACAAAUGUAAUGAAUGUGGCAGAGUCUUCAGUCAAAAUUCACACCUUGUAAACCACCGGAGAAUUCAUACUGGAGAAAGACCUUAUAAAUGUAAUGAAUGUGGUAAAUCCUUCAGUGUAUAUUCAAGCCUAAGUAAACAUGAGGUAAUCCAUACUGGUGAGAGACCUUACAAAUGUAAUGAAUGUGGCAAGGCUUUUAGCAGGUGUUCACACCUUAGGCUUCAUGAGAAAAUUCAUACUGGAGAGAAGCCAUAUAAAUGUAUUGAAUGUGGCAAGGCAUUUAGACAAUGGUCUGACCUCAGGAUUCAUCAAAGAAUUCAUUCUGGAGAGAAACCUUACAAAUGCCAUGAGUGUGGCAAAGCCUUUACUCGGGGCUCUCACCUCACCAAUCAUCAGAUAAUCCACACUGGAGAGAACCUUACAAAUGUACUGAAUGUGGCAAGGUUUUUAGGUAUUGCCUUAAACUCAGGGUUCACCAAAUAGUUCAUUCAUACUUACAAAUGCAAUGCAUAUGACAAAGUUUUAAAUUAGUGCUCACUCUUCAAUAGAUAUAAGAAUAUAUAUCCUGUAGAGAAACCACACAAAUGUAAUCUGUGUGGUAAGGAUUUUACCCAAAGGUCAAAAGUGGGGGUACAUACUAGAGCAAUACCUUACAAAUGCAAUGAGUGUGGAAAAACCUUUACCUUGAGUUCAAGUAUUAUGCAACAACAGAGAGUCCAUAUUGAAGAGAAACCAUGUAAAUGUAUGUGGCAGAGGCUCUAUCCAGGCCUCCCAAUGCACUAGGCAUCAGAAUAUACAUCUUUAAGAGAAACCACAUAAAUGUAAUGUGCAUGCUAAGGCUUUUACUCAGAGAUCAAAACUAGUACAUCAGAGGAUUUAUACUGGAGAGCAACCUUACAAAUGUAAUGAGUGUUGUAAGGCUUUUCAUCAAGUGUCUAUACCUCUUAAGUAAUGAAAGAAUUCAUGCAGAACAGAAACUAUGCAAGUAUACUGAACAUGGAAGUACCUUUAAGAAACUGUGUGUCCUCAGGAUUCACCAAAGAAUUUAUAUUGGGGAGAAUCCUUACAAAUGUAAUGAAUUGGUAAAUGCUUUGAGCAAUUCUCAGAAUAGUCCAUAGAUCCGAGAAUCAAUACUAGGAAUAAAUAAGUCUCUAGUUCUCUGAGAUUAACCUGAGAUAUGACAUGCUGCAGAAUAAUUACAAGUCAAAAUAUGUUAAAACUUAUGACACAGUGUAUAUCACAGGGACAAGGACGUGUGGAAAUGGCCCAUUAUCUUCAGUAUAUAAAGCAUUUUAUUUAAUUACUUGAGUUUUCUUGAAAAAGCUACAUUUCUAUUUAGGACCUUCAACCUGAAGUUUGCAGUCUGUUGAUCUUAUGCCUUCCAUAGAGGCCUCUCACGAUGUUCUCAAGGAAGGAAUCAAUAUGAUGAAAGGGUCUACUUCAUUAGGUGUGGUUCAUUCAUAUCCAUGUCCCAUGGAAAAACAAGGACAUUGAAUUGUCAAAUUCAAUAUUGUAUAAAUUAGCAUCAGGGAGGAGCAGAGAAUAACGUAAAACUAUUGUAUGUCAUCAGGCUUAUUAUGUUCAGGGUGCCCUUCUCUAGUCGUGCUACUGUGGGUCAUAGGAAUGAAUGCUUUACCAACUAACCAUGAAACAGAGCAGACCAGGACAUUAGGGAUUGGGCUUUUCAUUGGAGGAGAAUGAUAGGUUACUAGGGACUGAUUAUGUGGUAGGAAUAAAGCAGAGGAAAUGGUGGUCACUUUCUCCAUUGACUGGCAACAGCUGUUGUAUAUCAAUGAUUAAUAAAGUUUAGUCUUGUUCUUGGAAAUUAAAGAACAGUUACCUGAGAAGGGAGUUUGGUCAAAAGAACCAGAAUUGUAUGUGCAUGUGUAUGAUUCACAUUUAACUAUUGGCAUUACAUUUUGCUACUGUUUUAAAAACUUCAGAAUGUAUCAUAGAUACUAUGUUUUAAUUAAUAAAAUUUAACCAUUUUUUUCAUAAUCCUG